ACACCGGAGAACGCGCCCGCCGCUACACCAUCACGACGACGCCCAGUGAGUUCGACGCCGGUGCACCACGUACACGACCGCAAUCGCAUCGUACGCAUUUCCGUCCGAGAUACGUAGAGGUCUAUGCGCUCGUAAUAUUAUUGUUGUUAUUAUUAUUAUUAUUAUUUUCGAUCGAUUGUCGCGCGCGUCCGACGUCGUCGGAAUAACGUUUUUUCUUUUUCCGCGAGACAUCACGAACACGUCCGCGUCGUUUCUCGCCCAGCACGUCGCCGCCGUCGACGGUACUGCCGCGUGCACGUAACAUGCAUAUUUUUGAAGAUAAACCACUGCAGUCGGCAAUGAUGCACCACAAGUUGACUUCGAAGAAAAUGGAUUACUCGCACUGUCCGCUGAAAAAACGACCGGUCCACUACGUCAAAUGCGAGUACAUCAAAGAGGAGAUGGAUUACGACAACACGGACGAAUGUUUAGAACCGGAAAACCUGAGCACUAAACCGCAAGACUUGAGCGUGAGAUGCAAAACGGCCGCGGUAGCGCCUUUGGCCAUCAAAAAAGAAUCGCCGCCGUCGUACGAAGACCAUCAAAACGCGGUAGCGCCGUUGUCGUCGCCGUCUCCGUACUACAACCACCAUCAGCAACAGCAACGGCAAGAACAAGAACAACAACACCAAAAUCACCAGCAACAGCACCGACUGCAGCAACAGCCGUACCAGCCGACGGCCGUCAAAGCCGGACCGCUGGAACCGCUGUGCCUGAACAUCGCGGGCGCCCACCACCCGGCCGCCGCGCAGGCCGCGGUCGCGGCGUACCAUCAUCACCACCACAACAACCGGCACUACGCGCCGGCCACGCCGCGGCCCGUGCCCGCGCAGUACCCGAACACCGGUUACCUGUCCGGUUACAUGUACCAGCAACAAAACGGCGGCGGCGCCGGCACCGCGAUGUUGGCCGCUUACUCGCCGACAAUGGUGGCCAUCGCCCGGGACGCGUCCCUUUCGCCGCCCGUGACCGCGGGCCGCACCGGUUCCGCUUUCAAGCCGCUGAUGCCGCUCACGCCGCCCGCCACCGCGGCCGCGGUUCCGCUCCGCAGCCCGCCCCCGGCCAUUCAGCUCAACUGGUACGGACGGACCGCGAUGAGCAGCUGGUCGCCGUCGUCCGCGGAAGUGGACUCGUCGCUGCCGCCGCCGCCGCCGCCGUCGUCGUCGUCCGCGUCCUCGUCGUCGGCCAUGUCGCCGUCGUACGGGCCGCCGCAUCAUCAGCAACAGCCGGCCGCGGCGCAACAGUAUCAACCGUACACUUCCGGCGACAGCGACGCGUCGGCCGCGAGCGGAGUCGUCAAGCGCGAGUCGCCGUCGGCCCCGUCGACCGCGGGACGGUACAAGUGCGCGGCGUGCUCGAAGACGUACUCGACCGUUUCCGGGCUGACCAAGCACCAGCAGUACCACUGCGCCAACGACGAGUCGCAGUGCGCGGCGGCCAAGACGUUCUGCUGCAAGUACUGCGACAAGGCGUACAACACGCUCGGCGCGCUCAAGAUGCACAUCCGCACGCACACGCUGCCGUGCAUAUGCAACCUGUGCGGCAAGGCGUUCAGCCGGCCGUGGCUGUUGCAGGGCCACAUACGCACCCACACCGGCGAGAAGCCGUUCUCGUGCCAGCACUGCAACCGGGCGUUCGCCGACAGGUCCAACCUGCGCGCCCACCUGCAGACCCACUCGGACGUGAAGAAGUACUCGUGCGCAACGUGCAGCAAGACGUUCAGCCGCAUGUCGCUGCUCACCAAACACUGCGACACCGGAUGUCCGCGAAUGCUGUCCCACCACCAGCAGCAGCAGCAGCAGCAGCAGCAGCAACAGCAACAGCAUCAUCAGCAGCAACAGCAAACGGUUGUUUAGACGCCGCCGUAUUACGCGCGUGUUAAAUUAUUGAACCUAUUUACCUAUAUAUAUCAUUAUUAUUAUAUUAUUUUCAUUAUUAUAUUUGUUUAUUAUUAUUAUUAUUAUUAUUUUUGUCGACACGGGCGUAUGGCGAGAUUAUUAUAUUAUUAUGAUUAUUUUUUUUUUUUUUUGAAAACGGUCGUGUUUCCCGUGACUUCCGACCUUAUAUUGUAUUCCCAUAUAGUAUAUAUGUACAUGUAAAAUAUAUUGAAAUAAUUCGCUGGAAAAAAAUAUUUAAAAACAAAUAACGCUUUGUGCAAAUCUCGGCCGAUCUACGCCCACAAGUCAUUCGUCAUAUUAUAUGAAAUGUUUUAUCUAAUUAUUAGACGUACUAGUCACAUUACUAUCGACAUAUAAUUUGCACUGUGUUUAGAUAUUAAGUUUUAAUUUUUUCUCUCAUAAAUUAUUGCUAUUAUUAUUAUUUUGUUCAACGGGUACGUGCCGUAUGUAUAAUAUACGACUGCGAUGACGUGUAUAACUAUACAGCUGCACCGUGUACGGCGCGCCGCGGUGACAUAUUAUUUUACGUCGCGCGGAAAUCCGGUCCGUUCGCCGUACCCUGCAGAGGUGCCUAAAAUUAUAUACAUAAAAAAUAUUUUGCUUUUCGCGGGUGCACGAUGAACGCCAACUAUUAUACCUAUUUAAACGAUAUCACGCUAAUAUUAUAAUACAUAUAUUUGUUUAUACAACGGGACUUUAUUACAUAUUAUGUACAUUAUUUAUAAUCGUUGUAAUAAUACAUUAUUAUGUAAAGACUGCCGCUGUAAACUACUAUUUAAGUCGCCAUAUUAUAACGUUUAACUAGUCGUUCCCGUCGUUCUGUGCGCAUAACCGAGUCACGCCGCGUGUGAUGGUUCAGUUAUAUAACACGACGGCGCAUUAAUAAUAAUAUAACAGUUAUUAUAUUAUUAUUAUGUUUAUUGUAUAGUAUUAUGUCAUGAAUAUGUUUGAUUUGUAUCAUCAUUAUUAUUAUUAUUUUUUUUUUAUU